CCGGAAGUCCCCGCCGCGUCCCGCUGGUCGGAGUGCGGGUGUUGCUUCGCUGCCCCGAGGGGUGCGCCUCGGACCGGCCAUGGACGGCGCUGUGUGGCUUCCUUCCCGCCAGCUCGCUACUGUGAAUGGACAGCAGAUACCGUCCUUGGCCUGUGGGGCUUGGAAUGUGGGGUCAGAGCGUACCAGAAAAGAUACACUGUUCCAGUUGAAGUUCACAGCGAAGCAGCUGGAGAAGCUCGCCAAGAAAGCGGACAAGGACUCCAAAGCUGAGCAGGCCAAAGUGAAGAAGGCGCUCCAGCAGAAGAACGUGGAGUGUGCCCGGGUGUAUGCGGAGAACGCUAUCCGCAAGAAGAAUGAAGGCGUGAAUUGGCUGCGCAUGGCGUCCCGCGUAGACGCAGUAGCCUCCAAAGUACAGACAGCUGUGACCAUGAAGGGGGUGACCAAGAACAUGGCCCAGGUGACCAAAGCACUGGACAAGGCCCUGAGCUCCAUGGACCUGCAGAAGGUGUCUGCAGUGAUGGACAGGUUCGAGCAGCAAGUGCAGAACCUGGAUGUGCACACGUCGGUGAUGGAGGACUCCAUGAGCUCAGCCACCACGCUGACCACACCCCAGGAGCAGGUGGACAGCCUCAUCGUGCAGAUUGCCGAGGAGAAUGGGCUCGAGGUGCUGGACCAGCUCAGCCAGCUGCCCGAGGGUGCCUCAGCUGUGGGCGAGAGCUCCGUGCGCAGCCAGGAGGACCAGCUGUCGCGGAGGUUGGCUGCCUUGCGGAACUAGAUCCCCACCAUGCUGUGGCGCCCUGCACUGUGACGUCUCAGAGGCACUGUCCCCACCCCGUUCUCCUCGCCCUCCAGAGCUGCAGCCACCACUUCCCUGCUCUUCUCACCACCAGGCUUGGCAGCCUCAGGUGGAUUCCGUUUUUCCUGGGUUGGACGCUGGGAUUGUGUCCUGGAGUCGAGGUGGCACAGUCGUGUGUGGGUGAUGUCUGUGACCCUGGCCAGCAGCAGGGAGGUCAUUUGGCUCGCCGCAUCCCCUGCUGUGGCUGCUUUGCGGCUGGAGGGGUUGUAGCUGCCCUGCUCUCAGGCCCUCCCCAGCUCCCCACUGCCCUGCAGGAGAGGGGUGGAUCUGUGUAUGUGAGGUGCAUCACCUGCCACCAACACCACCCUGGGGCCUUUGUGGGAGGGGCCCCAGCACCUCCACCACCGAUCCAGGCUGGGCCAGCCACGGCCUGCCCUUGCUCCUCAGCUCCCCAACGUGCCCAGUCCACAGGGACAGAGCCAUUGCCUGGGCCCUUGUCCUUUCGUGGCCCCUCUGGAGGUGCCUUGGGCCACUAGGCUGAGCUCUGUGUUGCCUACGUCACUGACUGGAAUCUGGGCUCCUGUGGCAGCCCCACCUCUUCUCCUGUGCCUCUCCGUGAUGCUACCGUGUGUCUCUCCUGCCACUGUAAAUGACAGGUGACGUGGGCUGCCACCUGCCCACUCCUGAGCUUGGAAGCCAGUCCCCUGCAGUAUGGCCCCGGGCUCUGUGGGGACAGCCUGCCAUGUGAGAGGCAGCCAGGUGGACUGAGAGGGCUUUGGGCACAGCCUGCUGGUUUAGUUUCUUUUUUUCUGUUUCUGGAAGUUUACUUUGUUUUUUGCCAAAGUGGAAAGCAGAUAGCCUGCAGGCAUGGGGUCCACGAGCAACCCUAGUGCAUGGGCUCUUCCCGAUGUGCUGUGCCUGGUUCUUUCUGUCUGGACCUGCAAGCCGGGGUGGUGGGGGAGGGGGAACUGCUGGGUCCCGGGUGUUGGGGUUCACACACUGCCUGGCUGUGGCCCUUCCAGGCUCCCCAUGUGUUGUGUGGGGUGCUGGCCAGGUAGGGGUGCAGGGGUGUCAUUGAGGGGAGCGUGGUCGCCCUCACCCUGAAGUACUGUUGGAAAUAAAUGAGUUGCUCGUUGAAAAUGCUCAA